GGGCUCAUACAAAAGAUUCAGACAUUCAGUGCAGCCUCUGUUCAGGUUCAGCAAACGUGGCUGUGCACCACGGUGGAUCAUUACGGCUGUAGCUAUGGGGACCGAGGCUGGGGAUGUGGGUAUCGCAACCUGCAGAUGCUUCUUUCUAACCUCAUGCACCACAACUGGCUACAACUUUCGUUUAUUCAAAGGAAAGACAACUAUUCCUUCCAUAUCCAAGCUUCAAGAGCUCAUCGAGGGAGCUUGGAGAAAAGGAUUUGACAUUCAGGGGUGUGAACAACUUGGUGGAAGGUUGACUAAGACGAGGAAGUGGAUUGGAGCCACUGAGAUCGUCACUUUUUUUUCUUCUUUCCACAUCAGGUGCCAGUUAAUUGAUUUCCACCAGCCAACAGGACCUAAUGGAACUCAUCCAGAGAUGUUCAUGUGGGUUAAAAACUACUUCAGCAAAGAGGAAGAUUUUAAAGUUCCUUUGUAUCUUCAGCAUCACGGCCAUAGUAGAACGGUGAUAGGAGUUGAAGAACACACAGACGGGUCUCUUCAACUACUUGUGUUUGAUUCAAGUCAUUGCAAAAACCAGAUGGAUCAGUUUAAUAACACUGCAAACCUCAGUAACGCCAUGAGGCUAGUUCGUCGACCCUUAUCAGCUUUGAAGGCUCGUCAGUAUCAGUUAGUAGCAGUAGUGGGGCUGAUGGAAACGGAGCAAGAAUAUGAGGAAAGCAAAGUUAUUCAUUCUCAGCGUAUACCAUCUGAAAACUGAAUAGGAUGAGAUAAACAUUCUUAGG